UUUUUUUUCUUGUUUCUUUCUUCUCGAAUUUUCUUAAACGUUUUUCUGUUCUCGUUGGUGAAUUUUUUCAAUUUUAGUUGCUUGUGUAUUAUAUUUGGUUUUUUGUUCCGUUUCUUCACUACGAUGAUUAUUAUUGUAUUUCAUCCAUCCCGUGCAGCCGCUGUUAGGGAAGUGUCUUUCUUCGAUAGUCAUUUGUUAACACUAUUGAGGUCUGUCAGUUAAAGGUUGAAUACUUACUUCUUGAUGAAACUGUUAGAUUAAAAAUAAAUAAUGUGGGCAGUGGCUGACCCACCCUUGGUCAUGGUGGGUCACGUGACCUAGCAAAAAAAAUAAAAUAAAAUUUUAUAAAAACAAAACAACGUGAAGGCCGAACGAAAUUGCAAGGGAAAAAAAAUUGAAAGGAAAAAUAAAACAAAACAGUGACAUUACUUUCUCUCUCAUCGACAAUUUCAAAGUCACUGUCUCACACUCUCACGGAAAUCGUCACACCGGCACACCGCUGCCGCUGCAGCUUCCAGCCACCGCCCACAGCCCAGUGGCCCACCGCACGUCCGCACAGCCGCACUCCACUCCUACAGCCUUCUAGAUCUAGAAUUAUGCAGCCGGCACGCUCCUUGUUAGAUAACACUGUACGCGCUUCUAUUGAUAAAGACGCUAAUGAAGGGACCCAGGCCAACCAACUUCUGUAUAUUUCUAUAUUACAGGGCCACGUAAUCGACCGUAGUAUUGCAUCGAAUUUGUACUUGGUGGAAAGGUCACUAGAGGAUUGUCGCUUUCCAGUUUUUCGAUACAGUGUUUUGCCUCCAUCGAGGGUGUUUGUUGAAGGUUUUAAUGCUCGUGAGGAAGGAGACACUCCCAUAGAGCAAUACUGCGACUACAACCUUUAUAUGAUGCGUGGACCACAGCCACUCUCCACACGCUCUUCUUUCUCCCAUGCCUUCGUAAGCACUUCGGGUAACGUCGACUGGACUCCCAUCCCACGACCGCAGCAGCCGCUAUUCAAUAUGUACCGUUACAAGAUUUUUGCUCCGGGUGGCAUAAUUGCUGAAGCAACACUGAAAAAUUACAAAUAUAAACCGGUUGAUGAAAUCACUUUUGUUGGCUCAAUUCGCCCAUGCUACAUACAUUCUGCGCAGCUUUUUGAACUCCACCGCAGAUCCUCAACAGACUAUGUGGAGAGAGUUGUGGCUAAUGAAAUAUACUACGUCAAUUCCCGUUUCUCUCCGGGUCCAGAUUUGCUUCGUGAAGGCAUUGAUCCAGCACACGAUUACAUGCCUUCUGGUUUGAUGCACACUGUUGUGUAUCCCCCCUUGGUUCCUAUUCAUUACCGAGAUUAUUAUGCAGAUAUUGUCCCCCCUAACCCAUGAGAAGUGGUAAGAAUUGUGUAUUUUAGUCGUGAAAUGAUGAUUUCAGAAGUUAGGUGAGCACUAUUUUAGCGGACAUUUUAUGUAGAUUUGGUGCUUGCAUACUAGAAAAAUGUUGGUAGAACAUGUCUUUUGAGUUAUGUGUGGUGAGUUGGAGGAUCUGAAAGCUCUUCAGAAUUGUUUAGAGCUUUAAUGCAUUGUUAGACCUUAACCGCAGAAUAAAGGCUUUUGUGAGGUUCUUCUUUUUGCUCA